AUGGCCCGUUCCGCGGCCGUUGGAAUGCUAAUUGACAGUCUCAUUGUGACUAUAACACGCUCGGAGAAGGACUCAACUAGCUUUCAAAAUGCAAAAGCACGCUCUAAUAUCAUCCUCAAAGAGCAUAGCCCUGGCAAUCGCACGGAUCCAUUUGCCGUAGAUAGGCACUUUGACGGCUUGAUAGAGAAAUUUCGGGUUCUGAACAAAGAUGACUUUGCCGACAGCCUCGGCGUGCGCUUGAGCGAAGCAGAGAGCCAACGAAUCUCAUGGAUGCCGGAAAUUUUUUCUUUAUUGCAGCAGCUUUCGGACCGGCCCGCAAAUGUAGCUCAAGUACCAAGAUUCAGUCUUGCGGAAUCUGAAGACUCUCCUGCCCUGAAAUGGACGGAGUUGGACCCGGCGGGGUCUGCCUUUGCAGAGGAAGACAUAUGGGCUGAAGUGGACUACGGAGGGUCAUCCUCUGAAGACGAAGCCUCAACGGUUUCCAGCAACGUUUCCAUUCCUAGAAUCAUCCCUCAAAGCGCGAAGCCGUCGCAAGAAGAAUUCGAGAUUCCCGAGGAGUUCAUCCAAUCCGGCGAAGACGAGGAAUUGAUAGCUACUAUCAAGACCGGACAUUUCUGGGAGUACGACUCGGCUGCAGUCCGAGAGUUCUCAGAAAGUCACACGCGAUUCAUCACAGAGUUGCAGGCAUCCCGAGAGAUUAUUUUCAUGCUCCAAGGUCUUCCUACCUCUUUGUUCUGGCAGCUAGACAACAGCAUUGCCGUUGAUAGAAGAUUUGCGCUCCGCCACGCAUCAAAUGCAGCAUUCCUGCAAAUCCUGCGCUCCUGUGCAGACACCGGAGCGAGACUUGGCGCGGUGAGACGGUUUGUGAAAAGUUCACAGUCCGUAAUUUUCCUCCAGACUUUUACUAGAGGUCUCGAGAUCCUGCUUCACGAUUUCGAUACGUUUUUGUCAGGGUUACAGCUGAGGUAUCUUUCAACCGACCAAAAAGUUACAGUCAGUUUGUUGCAACUGGUGGAAGAAGUUAGGACGAAAGUUCGAGUACUUCUACUAUUAGCAGACUUGGUGGCACAGCUAGAAACUGCCCCUUCUAGUCAAGCCUUUCUAUGCCUAGACUUACUAUACGACCUCGUCUGCUCUAAUCAAGCUUCAGGAAGCGAAGAUGAUUACAAGUCACUUGCAAAGCUGUUCUUUUCUUGUUUCGAGGCAUACACACAACCUAUUCGUAUGUGGAUGGAAACUGGACAGUUGGAAAAAGGACAGGACACCUUUUUUGUCACUGAUAUCCAUCGAGGCAGCGACCUGCGAACUCUUUGGCACGAUUGGUAUUCUCUCGUAGAAACCAAUGGUCGGCUAAAUGCUCCAAAGUUUGUGAAACCAAACGCUCGCAAGAUCCUCACUACCGGAAAGAGCAUGAUCUUCCUUCGCAAUCUCAACAUUUUGCCCGAAAGCCUCGGGUUCGAAAAUAGACGACCUUUUGUAUUUGAAGACGUAUGCCCAGAUGGUCCAGCGCUACAGCUUCUUCCUUUCUCGGGUUUGCUGGACAAAGCAUUCGAGGAUCUCAUUGCCACUAACCACCAAUUCGCCUCAAAUUUUUUACGAACACAACUCGACGAACAAUAUGGACUAUGGAAUUCUCUCUCGGCGUUGCAAUAUAUUUACCUUUGCAAAGACAUUACAGUCUCGUCGUUAAUUGACAACAAGAUUUUUGAACUGAUUGACAAUGGGCAGGGAGUCUGGAAUGACCGGUUUCUCCUUACCGAGUUGGUGCAAAGUACCUUUGAUGAUAUUGCCUGUGUUGACCCUUCUCGUCUUCUCAUGCGCUCAACCCGCACUCCCUAUCCAGAUAGUGGGACUCAGAACAGAAGCGUCAAAAUCCUCAAAGUAUUGUCCAUGGAUUAUAUACUGCCAUGGCCCGUUGCCAACAUCAUCCCCAAAAGUGCUAUUGCGACAUAUCAACGCAUAUUCACGUUUUUAAUGCAAAUCCGAAGAGCAAAAUACGUUCUCGAAAGACAACGACUCCGAAAAGAAGACGAUGACUCGGAAGGGUUUCGUGUUAAUAUUGGUGAUGAUGGCGCAGGUUACAUUAUCCGCCAUAGUCUGCUAUGGCUCACAAAUACCAUUUACAGCCACUUUACAGAAUUAGUCAUUGCCAUGAGUACAGCGGACAUGGUAAAGGGACUCGCAGCCGCCACAGACGUUGACGCCAUGAUUGCCAUGCAUGAAGCCUACAUGUCCUCCCUUGAGCAGCAGUGUCUCCUCUCGGACAAUCUCGCACCGAUAUACAAAGCCGUUAUAAGUCUGCUGAACCUGUGUGUGCAUCUGGCAGACAUUCAAUCAGCACGCCACGGCCAGAACCGAUUCGAGAAAUCCAACCGCUCUUUUCAUUCGUCUUCAGGCCGCCGAAAGCAUUAUCGACGCCACCAACACCGACGGAGAGGUUUCAACGACUUCUCUGACUCUGACGAUGACGACGAUGAAAAAUCCAACGACGAAGCUGAUAAUGUUCACGAUCAUGAUGACUAUGAUGAGGGAAAUACGACUAAUAUCUCGUUUCUCGAAUCGCCCUACUCUGAGAGAUUGACUCAUGUCAGAGAGAAGUUUGAGCGGCUACUGGCGUUCAUAAUAACUGGACUGAGAGCAGUUGGCAGGAUAGAUGGACAGCAGAGUUGGGAGAUGUUGGCGGAUAGGCUGGCUUGGAAAACGAGGCCGAAUGAUGUAUAUCGAUGA